UUUUUAUAUCCCAAAUUCGAGACGCAUAUAUUACACAGAUGUCAAUUUAUGGCCUCUAAUCCUUAUCAAAACGUGCCCCAUGACCAACCCCAGAAUCCAAGUUACUCCAUAGAAGUCCCUGAUCCUCCUACAGAUGCCCAAUCCCCACAUUCCACGUCAUCAAACCCAUCUCCCAGAACUGUCCAAUCUCCGGGCGGAUCAUCCGGGACUGGGAGGCACACAAAAUAUCGGGGAGUAAGAACCCGGAGCGGGAAAUGGGUUUCGGAGAUCCGGGAGCCUCGCAAAGCGACACGAAUAUGGCUGGGCACGUACCCGACUCCGGAAAUGGCGGCAGCAGCGUAUGACGUGGCCGCUAUUGCACUAAAAGGGCCGGACACUCCACUAAACUUCUCCGAUUCCUUACUUAACUCCCCAAUACCCGCUUCCACGUCAGCAAAUGAUAUUCGGGCAGCAGCAGCAAGUGCUGCGGCCAGUCGGUUACCAAAGGCGGAUCAGAAUCCGGGUCAAGGAACGACGUCGUCUAGCAGUGGAAUGGCGAGCACUGAACAGGAGUUUAUUGACGAAGAAGCACUCCUGAACGAGCCAAAGUUGCUGGUGGACAUGGCGGAGGGAAUGCUAUUGAGUCCGCCAAGGAUAAACACGGGUUCGUCGGAAGAUUCGCCUGGGAAUUCGGAUGGAGAAAGUCUAUGGAGCUAUCCUUAACUGGACCCAUAUAAAAGGCAGGAACAAUAAUUAAACAAUAAUAUGGCAUUGUAUGGUGUGGUGUGGUGUGUAAUUUCAAGUUUUAACUUUUAAGUAAGAAGAAGAAGAAGAAGAAGAAGAAGAAUUAUUUGGAGUUUGAAGCGUUGUCUUAGAAUUAAGAUCUUGUCCCCAUCAUGUCGGGUUUUGAUUGGUCUUAAUCGGAGAGAAUGGUUAGGUGAAUUUCCUGUUGCAGAUACAUAGGAGGACUUUAAUUAGCUUUAUCUAUGUAAUUAUUGUAUCAAACUGAGUCUGUCCUAUCAGAUUCUCAUGGAAUUUGCCUAUUUACAGGAAAUGUAUGGGUGAGAUAAUUAUUCCCAUAGUCAAUUAUUAAAAAUCUCAUAUGAAUUUUGUCACAUUUAGUUUGAUAAUACAAUGUUAAUCAAUUAGUUUAAUAUAA